AUGUUGCCGGUGAUGUCUGGUGAGGACCUGCCUUGCAAGAGGCCUACAAGCCCUCAGUCCAGCCUCUCUCAGCCUAUUGCAGACAGUCUGAGCACUGAUGGAGGGAUUGUGCGUUCCUGGUGUAACUCGGGCAGUUGUUGUUGCCGUCCUGUAGCUAUCCCGCAGAGCCCUCCACACAACCUGUCCAAUCAGAGCCCUCCACACAACCUGUCCAAUCAGAGCCCUCCACACAACCUGUCCAAUCAGAGCCCUCCACACAACCUGUCCAAUCAGAGCCCUCCACACAACCUGUCCAAUCAGAGCCCUCCACACAACCUCUCCGAUCAGAGCCCUCCACACAACCUCUCCGAUCAGAGCCCUCCACACAACCUCUCCGAUCAGAGCCCUCCACACAACCUCUCCGAUCAGAGCCCUCCACACAACCUGUCCAAUCAGAGCCCUCCACACAACCUGUCCAAUCAGAGCCCUCCACACAACCUGUCCAAUCAGAGCCCUCCACACAACCUGUCCAAUCAGAGCCCUCCACACAACCUGUCCAAUCAGAGCCCUCCACACAACCUCUCCGAUCAGAGCCCUCCACACAACCUGUCCAAUCAGAGCCCUCCACACAACCUGUCCAAUCAGAGCCCUCCACACAACCUGUCCGAUCAGAGCCCUCCACACAACCUCUCCGAUCAGAGCCCUCCACACAACCUGUCCAAUCAGAGCCCUCCACACAACCUGUCAAUCAGAAGCCCUCCACACAACCUGUCCAAUCAGAGCCCUCCACACAACCUCUCCAAUCAGAGCCCUCCACACAACCUGUCCAAUCAGAGCCCUCCACACAACCUCUCCAAUCAGAGCCCUCCACACAACCUGUCCAAUCAGAGCCCUCCACACAACCUGUCCAAUCAGAGCCCUCCACACAACCUGUCCAAUCAGAGCCCUCCACACAACCUGUCCAAUCAGAGCCCUCCACACAACCUCUCCAAUCAGAGCCCUCCACACAACCUCUCCAAUCAGAGCCCUCCACACAACCUCUCCAAUCAGAGCCCUCCACACAACCUCUCCAGUCAGAGCUCUCCACACAACCUGUCCAAUCAGAGCCCUCCACACAACCUCUCCGAUCAGAGCCCUCCACACAACCUCUCCGAUCAGAGCCCUCCACACAACCUGUCCAAUCAGAGCCCUCCACACAACCUGUCCAAUCAGAGCCCUCCACACAACCUGUCCAAUCAGAGCCCUCCACACAACCUCUCCGAUCAGAGCCCUCCACACAACCUGUCCAAUCAGAGCCCUCCACACAUCCUCUCCAAUCAGAGCCCUCCACACAACCUCUCCAAUCAGAGCCCUCCACACAACCUCUCCAAUCAGAGCCCUCCACACAACCUCUCCAAUCAGAGCCCUCCACACAACCUCUCCAAUCAGAGCCCUCCACACAACCUCUCCAAUCAGAGCCCUCCACACAACCUCUCCAAUCAGAGCCCUCCCACAACCUCUCCAGUCAGAGCCCUCCACACAACCUGUCCAAUCAGAGCCCUCCACACAACCUCUCCAAUCAGAGCCCCACACAACCUGUCCAAUCAGAGCCCUCCACAACCUGUCCAAAGAGGCCCUCCACACAACCUGUCCAAUCAGAGCCCUCCACACAACCUGUCCAAUCAGAGCCCUCCACACAACCUGUCCAAUCAGAGCCCUCCACACAACCUGUCCAAUCAGAGCCCUCCACACAACCUCUCCGAUCAGUCUUGCGAGAAAGACAGCUUGAUGAGUAGGUUCUGUCUCGUAUGA